AUGGUUAAAAUAAAAGAAUUGAAUGCUGAACAAUAUGGGGCAAUUCUUUACGGCUACAAACGAGAGACUAGUUCUGCAAUACCAAAAAAACGUUGUGGUCCAAAGCCACUUUUUAAUUCAAAUGCACAAUCUUCACUCAAAAAGAUUGUUAUACAAAAUUCGAAGCAUC